AUGCAGAAAUGUUUACGGGCCACAGGCGGUGAGGCCGCUGCUGCAGCUGCAGACCUCGGCAACAGCAGCCUGUCUUCGGAGCCGAGCAGAGAGAAGGCAGCCACGGGGCCGAGCCGGUGGAAGCACUUGUUUUGCUCGGGCAGCAAAACAGGAAGCAACGUGGAGCAGCAGCAGCAGCAGCCGCAGCAGCAGCCGCAGCAGCAGCAUGCAGAGGCCCUGCCGCCGUCCACCUCGGACAGCAAGACUGGACUCACGCGGCGGCUGCUGUGGCACCAGCGGAAGCACCACAGCUGCCCAACAGCAGCGCCUGCUGCAGCGCUGGCGGCCGCGAGUGCGGACUCAGCAGCAGCAGGCGGCGAGGCAGCAGCAGCAGGCAGCGCGUCGGGCGCAGCGCAGAACGGGCGCGCGGCUCCCGCUGCUGCUGCUGCAGCAGCAGCAGCAGCAAACUCGCUGAACCCGCGGCACAGCACCUGCCCCCCCCUCAUCCGCGGCCGCAGCGUGAGGUUCGGCCCCGCAGAAGUCCGCGAGUUCCUCCCUGACACUGAGUCCGGAAACCCCAGCCGCGACAGCACGCAGGUGGGCCACUCUGUGGAAAAAGAAAGCGAAGUUAACUCUGAAGUCAAAGACUUGGAAGCUGCGGAGGAGUGGCGGGCCAUUCUCGAGCCUGUGCACCGAAGUUCCAGCGGCCUUCUGGUGUCCGACACUCUCGGAGUUUCCGCGGCGGACAACGAAGCUGAGCAGGAGCCGCAGUCGGCUUCUGAAGACGACGAAGUGGGGGGGGUUUUGAGCAUUCUGCGGCGAGACAUUGCUGCUGCUGCUGCUGCUGCUGCGCUCACUGCAGCAGACGGCGCCGCCGCCGCCGCCGCGCAGGAGGAAACCACCCAAACUCCCGAUGCAGUUGAAGAGGAUCUCGAGGGGGGGCGUUAUGUGUGUGCUUCCCGACUGUUUAGUUUUUAG